AUGGAAUAUUCAUGCAUAGGAUUAAACGAAUUACCUAAUGAAAUUCUUAUGAUUAUCUUGAAAAAACUCAAUAAUAUAGAUGUACAUUAUUCUUUACAAGGUUUUAAUCAACGACUAAAUCAAAUUAUUCAAGAUCGAAUUUUUACAAGUCGUUUAACCUUUGUUAAAUGGUUCUCACAUAAUUUUAUCGAUCUAAUUUCUUGUGAUACAAUCCUUAAUCGAUUUUGUUCACAAAUUUUACCUGAAAUUGGUCAUAAAAUUCAAUGGCUUGAUCUUGAAUCAUCAUCGAUGAAAUACAUUUUAUGUGCUGCUCAUUAUCCUAAUUUAUUUGGUCUCGGUCUUUAUAAUAUUAGUGAAGAAUCAGCUCGAUACCUUUUUACUGAUGAGAUUCUUUCAUCUGGUAUUUUCAAAAAUCAAAUUACAACACUUUUUACUACCAUUCAUAAUAAUAAUAACAAUGAUGAUUAUGACGAAAUGUUAUUGUCAACAAGAAACAUAUUUGAUUAUAUUUUCAUCUUUUUUACCAAUCUCAUUGAUUUAACAUUCUAUGAAUCAUCGUAUAAAAAUCGUCUUCCAUUAUAUUUUGCUGAUCCACCUUCUCAUACAUUUCGUUCUUCAACUCUUUUAAAAUUAAAUGUCAGAAUACAAUCUUUUGAUGAUUGUCUUUAUCUUCUUGAUGGUCGUUUUAAUCAACUUCACACACUCUAUGUUGAUUUGACUUCUAUUCAUCGUCCGAAUCACAUUCAAAAUCAAGUGAGUUUUACAAAAAAAACCUCUAUGUUAUCAAAUAAGAAAAGAAAAAAAAUUGUUUUUUUUCAGUGAAAUUUACCAAAUCUAAAGUGUUUUUCUUUGUCUUGUAACGACGAAACACAUCAUUACGGUGAAUUAGUCCCACCACUUCUAUAUCGAAUGCCAAAUCUAGAAGAACUCGGUUUGUGUCUUGUGGUCUUUGUUAAGAAAACGUUCAUUGAUGGGAAUCAUUUGAAGAAAAACAUUAUUAAUCAUAUGAUAAGAUUAAAUCAAUUUACAUUUUAUAUUCGCUCAUUCAUGUAUACUGGUAAUAAAUUGAAUUUGCCCUUAACAGAAGAUAUUCAGCGUACAUUGAUUGACUUUCCAAAUAAUGAAAUUAUUUCUUAUGUUGAUUAUUUUCCAGAGGAAGAA